AUGUCUGUGGCAAUAAAGAAAGGAUUAAGUGCUAAGGCCGAGAGCAGAAAAUGCGCGGCUCGGUUCUGGAAGAUGUUCCCUCACCUCCUGCUGUGCCUGUCUCUUGUGGCCUACGCUGCUCUGGGGGCGCUCCUGUUCGAGCACAUCGAAGGAGGGAACCUGGACCCUCCCAACCAGGAGUACCAGCAGUUUCUGCAGCAGAUCGUCACCACUGUCCAGAACCUCAGCAAUAACGUCUCUUUAGUGCUGGAGGAACAGAUGCGUGGGUUGAAGGCCACAUGGCUCCAGUCUCCAAAAAAAUGGGAUUUUUAUGGCUCCUUGUUCUUCUGCUGCACUGUAUUCACUACAGUUGGGUAUGGGGAGAUCUAUCCAGUCACCUUGAUAGGUAAAGUUGUGUGUGUGCUGUAUGCCAUGGCGGGCGUUCCCCUCAUGCUUCUGGUCACCCUUGAUGUGGGCGACUUCCUCGCCAUUCUGAUGUCCAGAGCCUAUGUGCGCAUUCACGCCCUCUUCAAAAUCCUCCGCUCCCACUCAUGGUCACCUUGGAAGGCUCGGAAAAAGAGAGAAGAGGUCUCAAGCAACCUGGCCCUGGAGGAAGGUACUUUUUUUUUUAGCCAGGACAUUGUUGUCCGUGAACCCCUUGACAUUCGCCAGGUGCUGCACAGCCAGGCGGACGUACGGCACAAGUCCAUACACCUAGAAAACAACAAAGAGAUCUUUGAGAAAAUUCUCGCUAGGGAGAAAUUACUAAGAAAGGGCCCACUGCUCCGAACCCUCUCCUGCCCAGAGCUAGACCGGCUGCCCCCCCCACCCAGAGGAUAUGCCAUAUGGGACUUUACAGGGUUGGGGAAUGGAAUGGAAAAGCUGGAUGUACCCUUUGUCCUGAUUCUUUUCAUCGUGUUUGCCUACAUUUGCUUAGGUGGUUUGAUUCUGCCCUUGUGGGAAGCAGAUAUGAAGGGCUUUGAUCCCUACUACUUCUGCUUCAUCACACUCACUACUAUUGGUUUUGGCGAUAUUAUACCUAAGCACCCUAAAUUCUUCAUGCUUACCUCACUCUUCCUCAUUGGCGGCAUGGCCAUCAUGUCCAUGGCUUUCAAGCUAGGUCAAACACGAAUUGUAAGCUGCUACCGCCAAUGCAUCAAGUUCAUCAGCAGGGGAAAUGUAGAGUUAUUCAAAAAUGAACAGGGUCACUAA